AUGGAUCCGACAAACAACAAGGCGUCGGAUUUUGAAAGGAGGGCGUCGAGGAGGGUAUCAGCACGAUUGUCCUUGAGUGCAGGCGACCAUCGAUUUGCCGAAGAGGAGGAAAAUGAUGCGGUUCUCGGUUUGGGUAUCGCGGAUGGAUUCCGGCCGGUCUCGAUCGACCGCCACCAAACGCCGACUCCUGAGCGGGCUUCCACUUCAUCGGGAUCAUCGGGAUCGGGAUCUGGUGAGCCCUCGACGCCUCCGCGGUCCCUUACAUCCAUUCGGCCUUCCAGCAUAGCCAAACCUCCACAACAUCAGGACCCUUUCGCUCUGCGUCACGACGGAGGCAUGGGUCAGGUCCAGGAAACGCCUUUGUCACGUCAUUCCAGCACCACUACUUCAACAGAUGCGACGAUUGUACGGGAAGAGAGCCCCUAUGAAGGCCCCUCGGGGCCUUCCUUCCCCUAUCAGAUGUACCCUCAAAAUGUCCGGGUUGCGAGGACCUUGAGCGUCACCACGGCUUCGACUGCUGUGCAAUCCGAGUCAUCCUAUCAGGGCCCUCGAGGUCCCAGUCACCCGUAUGGGAUCUACCACCAGAACACCAUCACCCCACCGAGCGCACCACCGCCCACAAACAUUCCGGUUGGGUUUCCGGGCAUGAGAGACAAUUAUCAACGUCGUCUUGGCCCUGAUGGGGAGGAUGCAGCUGACCUCAUUGGACCUGACGGACAUACGGAACAGCUUCCGCCUUACACACGAUACCCAGAUGAAGCUUAUACCAGGAAAGCAGGAGCUGCCGCGGACGUCCCCCCAGCUCCCGCUACAGUCCUCCCAAUCCCUGGUGCUGGCGGCAUCGGUCUCGCCGCAAGGAACCCCGAGUUCGAUGAGCUUGAUACACCGCGGUCUCGCCUUUCCUCCCGGAGUUUUACAUCUGAUAUCAGCCAUCACGAGAUCAAUACCGCGGCCGACGUUGUAAAUGAGAAGCGGAGCUCGCGCCGGAGCUACCAGCAGUAUGCCAAACGGAGGAUCGGGGGGAUUGUGCCAUGCUGGGCCGUGUGCCUAGUUGUAUCUGGACUUGUCUUGAUGGGUAUCAUCCUCGGUGCUGUCGUUGGCUCUUUCCUUGUCAAACACAACAACAACAACACGGUGAAUAGGCCACCACCACCGGCUCGUCUCAGAACUCCGAAUCCGGUCGUAACGUCUGUCACAAUCACGGUGGACGCAACACCCAUACCGACACCGAGUGACAUACCCCCUCUACCACUUGGAACAUACGUCCUACCUCUCAUCACAAACAAGACUCCUAAUUCCUGCUUCAAGGAUCCGUCCCAAUCGCAGGCAUGGAGUUGCAACAUUGCUUUACCUUUCUCAUCACCAUUGACGAUCACCAUUGACCCUUCACCUCCCUCCAGUAACUCACAAUACAUUAUGAGCAUAUCCGCCAACGAGUCUAAUCUUAUCAGUAAUGGCCUUCUUCCCUACGGCACCCAGCCACCGUUGAUCCGGGAGCGAGUACAUCUGGAACUGGUAAACGACACCAUGGAACCAUCCCGCGGACCGGCAUGGUUCGAGCUCAUCCACUACAACAAGACGGUAGUCAUGAAGGAGUCGUUCCUGGGCCCUCUCGCCUCCUCGACCAGUCCCUCAUCAUCCGCCGCGACUGCGCAUUCAGAACGUCGGCGCUUCAAAACGCCUUCGUUUGAAGAUUUCCAUAGGAAAAGCGUCGCACAGCCUGGGGAGAAGCCGUGGGUGUGUACCUGGCCAGACACGGUGCUCGAGGUUUUCAUAUUCCCAAACCAGAAUACUAGUCUGUCGAGACUCGAUCUCGGUUCGUCCUCAUCCACUACAUCAACCACCGCGCCUGGAGGAUAUCCUACUGCCAAACCAGAUGGGUACUAUUCGGCCAAGGGGUUUCCGGCUCCGGGCGCGGCUCCAACCCCAACGACACCCGCCGAUGCGGCAGUGACAACGCCUCCAUCGCCCCCCGCUCCACCAUAUCCUCGUUUUGUGAAGGUGGAGGAGCGCCAUAUGGACUACGCACCCCAAGCUGAGUGUGUCCAAUUCGAGGUGCCAGCCGACGGAAGUCGUCCACGCCCAUACAAGAACCCAGCCACGGGCAAAAUCGUCAAGAUCGAAAUCGAGGACACGUACGAGAGGCAUGAUAUUGCACUGCAUCGCCUCGCACCCGGUGCCAUCUCCAAUAAUCUUGUUGGACGGGACAGUGUGCAGCUCAGCGACUGCGGUUGCUUGUGGUAUGUCACCUGA